GCAUUAUUUAUGAGCCAAAACCGAAAGGGGUUUCCGCGAGCGUAGGUCACUCAGAGUAUCAUAACACUUCCUUUUGGCGCUCGGAAUGCGUUACAUACUCGUACAUUUUAAUUUUAAUAACUCUACCAUAUAAAUACGUGCGUCCCCGGUUCGUUAUCAUUCGUGGUGUAGACAACAAACAAUACAAACAUGUUCUCAAAGAUCGCAGUCCUUGCUCUACUCGUGGCGGUGGUCCAAAGCAGCCCCUCUCACGGAGGCUACGAGUACUCGUACGGCGUAUCGGACCCCCACACCGGCGACGUGAAGAGCCAGCACGAGACCCGCGUGGGCGACAGCGUGCGCGGGCAGUACUCGCUGCUGGAGUCUGAUGGCACGAAGCGCACUGUCGACUACGCCGCUGACGCGCAAUCCGGGUUUAACGCUGUUGUGCGCAAAGAUCCUGGCCUGCACCCAGCUCCGGUCGCCAUCGCCGCUCACGCUGCUCCCGUCGCAUACGCCGCUCCUCUGGCCCACGCCGCUCCCGCCGCAUACGCCGCUCCUCUCGCCCACGCUGCUCCUCUGGCGUACGCCGCUCCCGUAUCCUACUCUUCCCACGUUGCCCACGCCGCUCCGUUAGCUCAUACCGCUUAUGCCGCUCCCAUCGCUCAUGGCGCCGUCUCUUAUGGCGCCCAUGGUCUCGGCCUCGGUUAUGGCGCUCAUGGCCUAGGUAUUGGUAGCGGCCUGGGAUACGCCGGUCUCGGAUUGGGCCAUGGACUCGGCUAUGGCGCGCACUACGGAGGAUGGUAGACUUCUGAAAACCCACCGCCUUUGUUAAA